AUGAGAGCCGAUGGAAAGCUACAAUGGCACACACUACCGCUGUACAGCGUGCAGUGGCGCGAUGUGCAUGACAUCCUCGAAGCCUGGCGCGACUGGGACGGUGUGCGUGGUUCAGGCACGGAAGAUAACUCUACUCAUAGUACAUUAGGUAGCAGCGCUGACGUGUACUUUCUCAGUGUCUUCUCGGCUGCGCUGCUGAAAGCAACGAAAGGUAAAGGCGAGGUACAUCCUAUAUGGGUCUUCUAUGCGUGCCGCGAUGUGCUGGAGCGCAAGAGACCCCAACCCCGCCAACUAAAAGCGCAUAUGAUGUUGCCAGAGCAGGUGUGGGCACUGGACGUCCGAGUAACAGCGACACGGAUGCGGGAUGGGGGCCGGGAACUGUGGGAGGCGGACUAUGAGGAGCUGCGGCGCCACUGGGCGGCGGCAUUAGAUGAUAAGACGGAAUUGUGGGCGAGAUAG